GCGGCGCGGCGCGGCCGAAGGGCCGGCGGCACGGAGCCGAGACGGCGGCCCCCGGGGCGAGAAGGAGCGGGUCGGGACCCCGCUCGGUGCCCGGGCCCGGGCCGGGGUCCGGACUGACCGACAGCAGCUCGGAGGUGUCGGACUGCAGCGCCUCGGAGGAGGCGAAGCUGCUGUCGCUGGAGCUGGGGCUGAGCGGCAGCGAUGGCGAGUCCCCGGGCAGCGCCCCGCCGCCGCCGCCCUCGGCCGGAGAGGCGUCGCCGCUGCCCGAGGAGCCCUCGGCCGCCUCCAUGGCCAGCAGCCGCCUGCAGCUCAGCACCUCGCUCGCCUUCUCCGACCUCACCGAGGAGCUGCUGGACGCCGGCACCGACGGGCUGCUCCGCGAGCUGGAAGACUUGCGCUCCGAGAACGACUAUCUCAAGGAUGAGAUUGAGGAGCUGCGUGCGGAGAUGCUGGAGAUGCGGGAUGUCUACAUGGAGGAGGACGUGUACCAGCUGCAGGAGCUGCGGCAGCAGCUGGACCAGGCCAGCAAGACGUGCCGCAUCCUGCAGUACCGGCUGCGCAAGGCCGAGCGCCGCAGCCUGCGCGUGGCUCAGACCGGCCAGGUGGACGGCGAGCUCAUCCACAGCCUCGAGCAGGACGUCAAGGUGGCCAAGGACGUCUCUGUGCGUCUCCACAAUGAGCUGGAGGUGGUGGAGAAGAAGAGGAUCCGGCUGGAGGAGGAGAACGAGGAGCUGCGCCAGCGGCUCAUCGAGACCGAGCUGGCCAAGCAGGUGGUGCAGAACGAGAUGGACAAGCUCCGAGAGAACUCCCUGAAGAAGCGGGGGUCUCGCUCCUUGGGCAAGACUGAGAAGAAGCCAUCAGUGCAGGAGGACAGCGCAGACCUGAAGUGCCAGCUGCAUUUUGCCAAGGAGGAGUCAGCCCUGAUGUGCAAGAAGCUGACCAAGCUGGCCAAGGAGAACGAUGGCAUGAAGGAGGAGCUGCUGAAGUACAGGUCCCUGUACGGGGACCUCGACAGCUCCCUGUCCGUGGAGGAGCUGGCUGACUCUCCCCAUUCCCGGGAAGCCGAGCUGAAGGUCCACCUCAAGCUGGUGGAGGAGGAAGCCAACAUCCUCAGCCGGAGGAUAGUGGAGCUGGAGGUGGAAAACCGUGGGCUGCGGGCGGAGAUGGACGACAUGAAGGGCCAGGGGGACAGGGAGCUGCCGGGGCAGGACACGCGGUUCCUGGUGGGCGUCUCCAGCUGCGGGGACGCGGGGGACACGGUGGCCGAGCUGCGCCGGCACCUGCAGUUCGUGGAGGAGGAGGCUGAGCUGCUGAGGCGCUCGCUGCUGGAGCUGGAGGACCAGAACAAGCUGCUCCUGAACGAGCUGACCAAGUACAAGUCGGACCACGAGCUGGACGUGACGCUGUCGGAGGACAGCUGCUCGGUGGUCAGCGAGCCCUCGCAGGAGGAGCUGGCCACAGCCAAGGUGCAGAUCAGCGAGCUCAGUGGCAAGGUGAAAAAGCUGCAGUAUGAGAACAGGGUGCUGCUCUCCAACCUCCAGCGCUGCGACCUGGCCUCCUGCCAGACCACCCGGCCCAUGCUGGAGACCGACGCCGAGGCCGGCGACUCGGCACAGUGCGUCCCCACCGCCGGCUGGAGGGACGGCGUGGGCGGCAGCGAGGCCGACGGGCAGGACAGGGGGCUGGGCAGCGGGAAGGUGCCCGAUGGCCCUGCCAAACUGCUCAAGCCCAAGGACCUGGAGACCUUGCUGGGCAUCCGGGACCAGGCGACGCUGGUCAGUAAAGCGAUCGAUGUCUUGAUUUCGGAUGCCAACGGGUUCACCUCGGGGCUGAAGGCUUGCUUGGACAACGAGUGUGCGGGGGUGCUGCUGGGCGAGGCAGUGGGCAGCGGUGGUGACAGCCCCAGCGAUGCCAAGCUGAUGAACGUGCUGCUGAUGCGGCUGGGCGUGCUCCAGCAGGACCUGGGCUGCUUUGUGAGGAAGGUGGACCACCUCACCGGUGGCUUCAAGGAGCACACGGACUCGUUCCCCUUCUCCAGCCCCAGCAGCCAUGAUGUCACCAAAGAGCAUGCCUCUGACUUCCAGCAGCCUGAUUUUAGGGACGCCGACCCUUUCCGCAUCCCCCACUCCAAGGACACGGACCCCGCCCAUCCCCGGAGCUACAAACCCUGCCGGGCUGAGGACAACGACUCCUACGCCACCGAGAUGAAGGAGCUGCAGCUGGUGUUGUCAGAGGCCAACGAGAGCCUGCGGGGGCUGCAGGAGCAGCUCUCACAGGAGAGGCAGCUGAGGAAGGACGAGGUGGACAACUUCUCACAGAAGAUCUGCCAGCUGAAAGAGGACCACCAGAAAGCACUGCUGCGACGGGAGUUUGAGCUGCAGAGCCUGAACCUGCAGAGGCGGCUGGAACAGAAGUUCUGGAGCCAGGAAAAGAACCUGCUGGUGCAGGAGUCACAGCAGUUCAGGCAGAGCUUCCUCCUGCUCUUCAUGAAGCUCAAGUGGUUCCUCAAGCGCUGGCGCCAGGGCAAGGUGGUGCACAGUGAGGGCGAGGACUUUUUGGAGGUGAACAGCAUGAAGGAGCUGUACCUGCUGCUGGAAGAGGAGGAACUAGCCCCACAGCAACAGGCAGACAACAAGAUGUGUGCCGGGGACACCUGGACCCCCAACACGCCCAACGAGUGCAUCAAGACUCUGGCAGACAUGAAGGUGACCCUGAAGGAGCUGUGCACGGAGCUGCGGGAGGAGCGGCGCGGUGCCAGCGAGCUGCAGCAGCAGUUCACCAAGGCCAAGGCUGCCUGGGAGAUGGAGCGCGCUGAGCUCAAGUGCCACAUCGCCCAGCUAGAGUCAAAGGCAGGCAAAGGGAUCGCAGAGCGUGCGCUGCCAGACUGGAAGGUGGCACUGAAGAGGGAGCGUGAGGAGCACCAGCAUCUCCUGGCCGAGUCCUACAGCGCUGUCAUGGACCUCACCAAGCAGCUGCAGAUCAGCGAGAAGAACUGGAAUCAGGAGAAGCUGGAGCUGCUGGCUCGCUUCAAGGAGGAGCAGCAGCAGGCAGAGCAGCAAGCGAAGGACCUGCAGAACAAACUCAACCAGUUGCAGAAGGGAUCCAAUCCAUGGGCACUGAAGCACUCUGAAAUGGAGAAGCAUGGCAGCAACUGGAAAGAGGCUCUCAAUGAGAAAAUCACAGACAAGGAGACAAUCUCUGAAGCAGAAGCCAAGGGAACCAACCUCAAAAGGACCAAGUCUGUUUCCUCCAUGUCAGAGUUUGAAAGCUUGCUUGACUGUUCUCCCUACCUCUCUGGAAAGACCGUGCCAGGGCUGGGUGACCAUGCCCGGUGCAAAAAGGCAUCCUCAACCACGCAGAUACUGCCCAACGGGAUCCGGGACAGCGCCAGCCUCCCUCCCUCAAACUGUACAUAUGUGAAUAUCGAACAACCUGCCCCUGACAGUCUGGCAAAGGAAAAGCUGGGCAUCUCCUCCUGGGACUACUCACGAGCAAGCAGCCUGUCCGGACACGACCCAGCUCAGAAGCAAAUCCAGAGGAGCUACACGGCACCCGACAAGACAGGAAUCCGCAUCUACUACAGCCCGCCGGUGGUGCGGCGGCUGGAGGCGCCUCUGGUGCACAACAAGGAGGGCAAGAUCAUGGUCGAGCCCGGAUUCUUGUUCACCAUGGCCAAGCCGAAGGAGCCGGAGGAGUCGGCCAGCGCCGAGGGCACCUACAGCCAGUGGCUGUGCAAUUUCUCCAAGCAGCAGCAGGAGCUGCUGGACAGUGGCGCGGGGGAGAGCGCAGUGCCGCCGGUGCCGCGCUUCCCCCCCUCGCUGCACGACCUGGAGAUCUCCGGCAACAUGAGCGACGACAUGAAGGAGAUCACCAACUGCGUGCGCCAGGCCAUCCGCUCCAGCUCGCUCGAGAGGAAGGUGAAAAGCACCUCCAGCCAGACAGUGGGGCUGGCCCACGUGGGCACACAGACCAUCCAGACGGUGAGCGUGGGCCUCCAGACCGACCUGCCCCGCGGCCCCGGCAUGCAUGGUAAGAGCUGGUCCCCGCGCAGCUCCUCCCUCGUGUCCGUGCGCAGCAAGCAGAUCUCCUCCUCCCUGGAUAAGGUCCACUCCAGGAUCGAGCGGCCAUGCUGCUCCCCAAAAUACGGCUCUCCAAAGCUCCAGAGGAGGUCUUCCUCCAAGCUGGAUGCCUCCAAGGACAGGAGCUUGUGGAACUUGCACCAGAGCAAGCAGAACGGCUCUGCCUGGGCCCGCUCCACUACCACCCGCGACAGCCCUGUCCUCAGCAACAUCAAUGAUGGCCUGUCCAGCCUGUUCAGCGUGGUGGAGCACGCGGGCAGCACCGAGUCCAUCUGGAAGCCGGGCUGUCCUGAGAGCAGCCGGGCCAAGCCCGAAGCACCCAAGUAUGGCCUCGUGCAGGAGUUCUUCAGGAAUGUCUGCGGGCGGGCGCAGAGCCCCACUGCCCCCCAGGAGAAGAAGGAGGCCACUGGGGAGGAGAGCAAGAGAGCCGAGCACCCCAGCCCCGCCACCCACCAUGAAAACAUCUCCCGUGUCUUGAACAAGAAGGUCCUCAAGCAGGGCAGCUGCGAGGACCCCAAGCCCUCGUCCCCUGGCCAGGGCAGUAAGGACGCAGCCCUGCGGGACCCUGACCUCAUCUCGGCUAUAGCCAGCGAGGACACGGCGUGUGACUGCAGCUCCCAGUCCCUCACCUCCUGCUUUGCCCGGCCAUCCCGCUCCGCGGUCCGCCACUCCCCCUCCAAGUGCAAACUGCACCCCGCAGAGCCCCCCAGGGCGGAGGAGAAGCCGGGGGUCUCGACCUGCAAUGUAAAACCAAGUGCAUUUUAAAAAUACCGAAAUGAGCUACUUUGGAGAGGCACCAAUUGGAUUAAGAGAUUGUGGUUUGGGAGGCUGCAGCGUGGCCCGUGGUCUGUGCCGCGCAUCCCUCUAUCAGCAC